AUCUUACGAAGACAUCAAUUGAGGAUGACUUUAACUACAGUUAUUCUGUAAAAAUAAAUUCAACCCAGUACUGAUAAUAACAAGGCUCAAAUUAGAUUACCUAAAAAUGUGUAAUGAUUUUGCGGCUAUGUGCAAAACAAAACUGGUUUAGUUAUGACUGUGAAUCGAGACAAGGAAGACGCACAAAUUAUUCUUGAAUAUUUUAAUUAAAACUAAAACAAUGAUAUAUUAUAACAGAGAUUAAAGUGAUUUAGUAACAGCAAAUCGAAUUGUUAUGUGUAAUAUUAUUGAAUAUCUAAAGGAUUUGUAAACAGUUGUUGUGAAUCUGUGUCAUCGCGUAUGUUAUAAAUAAACAGCCAUGAAACUGCAUCAGCUAGCUGUGUUGAGUGUGUGUGUGGCGCUGGCGGCCGCGCUGCGCGUGCGUCGUGACGAUGAUGAUGAUGAUGACAUAGACCUCACACCUACCGGCCAAACCAAGGCAUGCAAAACUAAGGACGGCAGAGAUGGCAUGUGCGUUCAUGAGAGUAUGUGCACGGAAGAUCACGUGUUCCAACCAGGCGGUAUCAUCGACGACAGCGAGAUUAGAAUUGGCAGCUGUCCGGGCAAGUGGGACUGGUGUUGCGUAUUUCCAAAUAUGACGACCACCGAGCCAACGGCCACAGACCGGAGCAAAACAGACACAGGGUGUAGAUCGGGAACGAAGGAUUCGUGUCCAUGGUGCGUUGGGUUAUACCGAGAUGGUGGCAACCCCCGCACAAAAUCUCCCUCUGGCCUCUACUGCGGAGGGGCGAUCAUAGGAUCCAAGAUUGUGCUGACGUCUGCCUCCUGCGUGCUAGGUGGAAAAGGAUCCAAGCUGUGGGUGCAACUGCCAGGCUCAGACAAGCACUAUACUGUGAAUAGCACUGCGAAGAAUACUCAAUUCAACUCGGGGACGCGAGAACACGACACAGCGCUUCUACUGCUGGACGAAGAGGUUCCUUGGCCGGAGAAGCAAACUGGGGCCUGUCUGGGACUCAAGACACCACUAGCUGGGGACUGUGUUGCUAUCGGCUUUGAUAAGAAAGAUCAGCUUGUGUUUACGCCUAUGUCAGUGACAUCCGGUAGCUGUACAGAGCAGGGAUCCAGUUAUGAUGCAGCAUGCGGCCAUACUAGUGGGACCUGCUCUGUGUCCUCAGGGUCACCAGUCAUGUGCCCUUCUGACGGCGAAGGACUGAUCGUGGCCGGGCUAGUUCGGCAGAACUGCGUAUCAAACACAGCGGUACUGGGCUCCCUGGUACCUUCAGCAGACUGGAUACGAGACGAGCUCACCAAGAAUGCUAUAGCUGCCAACCGAUACAGCAUCAUUCGAUAGGAACGUUUGAGAAGAACAUUGACAUGAUACUCAUUGUUAUAUGUAAAGUUUAAUAAAUAUGAGAUUUAGGUUUUUUUUACUGUA